CGUUUCUGCGGGUGUGUCAGUAACUUAACACGGGCCUGUAUUUUAUGCGCAAAAUAUAGGAGAAUAAGUGCGUGAAAGCGUAUUUUGUACGAAAAUGGCGCAACAUCUAAAGUGGAUCUUGCUCUCAGUUUUCGUACAGUUUGUGUCAGGUCAAGAUGAGAAGAAAGCAGUGGGUGGUGAUAUUACAUUUUAUCCGGAGAGUAUUCCUUCUCCUACCAAAAGCAUCAUAUGGAAACACAGAGACACUGCUGGAACUGUUGUCAAGGCAAUUGAAUGGAACAAUGAGGAUGGUGUUGAAGUUCUGAAUCCUAAAUUUAAAGGCAUCACAACUCUCGAUAUAACCAGUGGAGGACUCAUUAUAACCAAUUUAAAGGUUGAGCAUAGUGGAGUUUAUGCCAUUGAGAUCAACAGUAAAGAGCAAGCAAAAAAAUUCCCCUUGACUGUUAUAGAGCGUGUCCCCAAACCAAAGAUAAGAAGAGAGCCCACAAGUAAUCGUGAUGUCAUGUAUUUAAUAUGUGAGGGUGAUGCAAGAAUCAUCUGGAAGAAUUCUACUGGAGAGACACUGAGCGGCACACCCAUUUCCGGUCCUCCAAAAGGAGAGUCCUUAACAGUUAAAAAUACUCAUAACCGAGACAAUUACUACACCUGCACACUCAAGAACGAAGUGAGCGAGGAGACCAGUGAUCCAGACUAUGAGAAAGAUCUGUUUGCUGAGCGUGUCCCCAAACCAAAGAUAAGAAGAGAGCCCACAGGUAAUCGUGAUGUCAUGUAUUUAAUAUGUGAGGGUGAUGCAAGAAUCAUCUGGAAGAAUUCUACUGGAGAGACACUGAGCGGCACACCCAUUUCCGGUCCUCCAAAAGGAGAGUCCUUAACAGUUAAAAAUACUCAUAACCGAGACAAUUACUACACCUGCACACUCAAGAACGAAGUGAGUGAGGAGACCAGUGAUCCAGACUAUGAGAAAGAUCUGUUUGCUGGUCCCACUCCCCAUAUUGGUUUAAUUUUGGGAAUAGUUUUUGGUCUUAUUUUCGUUGGAACAGCCUUGCCAUCUCUGGUGUAUAUAUUUCACAAGAAGUUUCAUGAUUCUGUUCAACAAUCCUGUGGAAGUACACUAGUCUUGGGGGGAGUUUUGAGCUGUCUGGAUAGUUGCCGAAAAAAGAUAGGAGCAGGGAAAUAUACCAAUCCCAACGAUCCAGAACACUGAAAACACUGAAAACAUGAUUCAUGGCCUCCGCUGCUUUGAGCCAGUGGGUAACUCCCAGUGUUGCAUUGCUGCAUGACUUGGACUUUCCCCUUGGUGUUUGGGUGGAGUUUUGAACUCAAGACUCACUCAAACAGAUUUUUGUAUUUUUUUUCUAGAUGUGAGAAUUGUUUUGGAAGUAUAUUUGUAAUGUUUUGGAGUCACGUAUUAACCUUUAUUUCAAACCUUUGUCAUUAUUUUGUCUGCCACAUCAAAUAUACUAAUGUAAAGCUUAAAAUGUUCUUCAUUCACACUGUUCAUUUUGUAUUUUAAUGUAAAACUUGUGUUUCAUUUAUCUGUUAUCUGGUGAUGUUAGAAUGACCUAAAAUGAACUUUCUUCGAAAUUAUCAUUAGCUUUUUUUUUUUGCAUUGAAAAGUGCUCCAUUGAAUGACCGAGAGGAGUUUGACAAACAUGUAAACCUGAAUAAUUUAGCGGAUGAGAGGUUGCAGAACCUCCCUCCUGUGGUCCGUGCAUACAUCGUUUAUUUUAGUAUAUGACAUUGAAUGUAUAAAAAUGUAAAAUGGCUUGCCUGAAUGGUGUUAAAUGUAUGUUGCUGGUUUUUCUUUUAAGGAAGGAACCAUAAUGGAACACUUUUUUUUUUUUCUUAGAUAAGGAUAAAUUAAGGAAGUUAUUGGGUCAUCACCUGCUCUGUUGUUACUCUGAAAAUGAACCCUUGGUGGCUGCAACAUUUGCUCUUAGAUGUCUGGUAAUGUGUUCUUAGUUAAAGGGAAAGCCGCAGACUUUGUGGUCUACAGUAUCAUACACAAGCCAUCUGCUUUUUUAUUAAUUUAUUCUCAUAGUUUUUUUUUUUUUCAUUUUUAUUUAU